ACAUGUGGUGGAGGUAAACAUUCCGCCAACAUUUUUGAGAAAUCAAAUAUAUGUAUUCAUACUCGUGAAUUCGGGUGUUAAUUGUGUUUCUGUUCUCACUACAAAUCUUCGGAAUGGGCAAAAGACGAUUCAACGAAAAGGGUCGUCAGCAAAAUGAAAUCGUCAUCGAUAACUCUGCUACAAAACAGAUAAAACUAGACUUUACCACCGAGGACGGUUACGGCGGUACAGAUGAUGCAAAUUUGCUUGUGCUGCCUUCAAAAAAACGACCAACUAAAAUCAAACAGAAUAAAAUUACAGUUACGAGGAUAUUAUCGAAAAAACAACGCAAAAGACUAGAGAAAGUCGUUGAUCAGAAACGGAAAAAGGAGAAUCGUUCCACUCUGAUAACAGCUCUAGCCAAAUUUCAAGCACCAUUAACGGAAUUGAAACAUUACACCAAGAUAAGCUCAAUACAGACAAAGGGACUGAAACAACUUUUUAAGGAACAGAAAUUUGGUGUCACGGUAAUAUCAGAACCUACCGCCGGUGAAGCGAAAGUUAAGUGUCUUGUUGGUAGCCGAAAACAACGUAUUGCAUUGAUGCGAGCUCAGGCCAGCGAUGAUACUGAUAAAGAUAAUGAUGAAACUUCUAGGGACCUAAACACGCUCGGUGUUGACGACGGUAGUUCGUCAUCGGAAGCUGAAGACGAAAUUGACCAUAAAAAUCAUGCACCGGAACUAGAGAAUACGGUUGGGGUUGAAAUUAAAGCCGAAGUUAAUAAUAAAAGUGGCCCUGCGGCAGUACAAAAUAAGACUGAAAUUGAAGUUCACUGUCAAGCAACUGACAUUGUCGAAAGAUCCAAGAAUACGCAAAGCGUGGAAAAUACGGCAAAAUUGAGUAGCAAACCAGCUGUAUAUGUGCAUGUUGAACGAGAUUCGGACGUUCAAGCGGCUCGUCUUAAGCUUCCAAUUCUCGCUGAGGAACAGGUCAUCAUGGAGGCAAUCAAUGAAAACCCAAUCGUUAUAUUAGCGGGAGAAACAGGAAGCGGCAAAACAACGCAAGUGCCCCAAUUUUUAUACGAAGCUGGAUAUGCGGAACCAAAUCGUGGUAUUAUUGCCAUUACUGAACCACGACGUGUUGCUGCUGUUUCGAUGUCCAAGCGUGUAGGAGCAGAGAUGAAUCUCUCGACCGACAUUGUGUCCUACCUAAUUCGCUUUGAAGGAAAUGUAACAGAUAGGACCAGAAUAAAAUUCCUAACAGACGGAGUACUUCUAAAAGAAAUCGAAAAAGAUUUUCUGUUGGCGGCAUACUCGGUGGUCAUUUUGGACGAAGCUCACGAGCGUAGCAUAUACACUGACAUAUUGAUAGGACUGCUGUCAAGAAUUGUGAUUUUACGAAUGAGGAAAGGUACCCCGUUAAAAUUGAUAAUAAUGUCUGCGACCCUCAGAGUUAAGGAUUUUACUGAGAAUCGCACACUUUUCUCCAAGGUUCCUCCGGUGAUAAACAUAGAUUCCCGACAGUUCCCUGUGACUGUUCAUUUUAGUAAAACUACAGCCGUUAACUAUGUCAGAGAAGCUUAUUUGAAAACCAUUAAAAUUCAUACAAAAUUACCAGACGGAGGCAUUCUUGUGUUCCUCACCGGACAGAAAGAGGUUAAUCAGAUGGUGAAAAAGCUGAGAAAAGCGUUUCCCUUUGAAGAAAGCUUCGAUUCUGAGUCUGGAAAAAAAUGCUACGUUCUUGCGCCUAUUGCCUCUGAUGAUGAGGACGAAACGUUAGCAUGCACCGUUAACCGUAAGAAAGCAGCCAAAAUUGAUAGUAGGAAAAAGAGACUUGCGAAACAAACUCAGAAACAACAAAUAGAAUUACCGCGAAUAAAUUUGGAUAAUUACCAGCUACCUUGGGAUGAUACUGAGGGCGAUCAACGAGAUGUCGAUGACGAUGAUGACUGUGAGUACGAAGAGGCUAGUGGUCUGGAUUCUGAUUUUGACGAGAAUUUAAACACUUCCGAACUCAAAGGAAAACAACCUCUUUGUGUUCUUCCACUGUACUCAAUUUUGUCGUCAGAGAAGCAGCAAAGAGUGUUUGAAGAGCCCCCUGGAGGGACCAGGCUGUGUGUCGUUGCAACGAACGUGGCCGAAACAUCGCUGACUAUUCCCGGAAUUAAAUAUGUAAUUGAUUGUGGCCGUCAAAAAACGAAGCUCUACGAUCAAGUUACAGGUGUAACAGCAUUCAAUGUAACUUACAUAAGUAAAGCAUCCGCAAAUCAACGUGCUGGAAGAGCUGGCCGAGUUGCUCCCGGACACUGCUACCGUCUCUAUUCGAGUGCUGUUUAUAAUAAUGAAUUUGAAGAAUUCACAACGCCAGAAAUUAUGAAAAAGCCAGUGGAUGAUCUUAUGCUGCAGAUGAAGUGUAUGGGUAUCGAUAAAGUGAUUAAUUUCCCAUUUCCUUCUCCACCUGAUAAACUACAGUUGGAAAUCGCAGAGAAACAUUUGGUGUUGAUGGACGCACUUGAAGAACACAUUGUUAACAAUAAGAACAAAUCCCAAACAUUGAGUCGAGUCACUGAGCUCGGUCGAACAAUAUCGGCCUUUCCUGUUGCUCCUCGUUUUGGUAAAAUGUUGGCUUUGAGCCAUCAACAAGGUUUGCUCGCAUACACCGUCUGCAUGGUAGCUGCGUUAUCGGUUCAAGAAGUGUUGCAAGAGGUUUCCCUAUCAGACGAUUCCGAUGAGCAUAAAAAGUGGCGAAUCAAGAGGAAAUCUUGGGCGAAAACAGGAAACUCGCUACUGCUUGGGGAUCCCAUGAUUUUAUUGCGUGCAGUAGGGGCUGCGGAAUUUUCGAACAGCACUGGCCGGAUGGCUGAAUUCUGUCAAGAGAACGGCCUCCGUUUGAAGGCGAUUAAGGAAAUUCGGAAAUUACGCGUUCAACUUACCAACGAAAUCAACAUCAACCUCAAAGACCUUAAUCUGUCGGUUGAUCCGAAGAUGCCACCUCCAAGUGACACGCAGGCUAAACUCCUACGGCAGCUGGUGCUUAUUGGCAUGGCGGACAAAAUUGCGCGCAAAAUUCCAGACACCGAAAUAAAGUUGAAUAAAGAUAGGAUCAAAUACAAGCAUGCGUAUAACCUACCGGACAUGGAAAAUCCCGUUUUCGUGAACUCAAGUUCAGUGCUGAGAAGACACAACCCAGAAUGGAUAUGCUAUCAGGAAGUUUACGAAACAAUGGAAGGUGGAAAAAGUAAAAUAUUUUUGAGGGGAAUCACAGCCAUCGAACCCGAAUGGUUACUACAAUUGGUACCAAACUACUGUAACAUAAUCAAAGUCUUGGAUGAACCAGAACCUUGGUAUGAUCCAGCCAACGAUAGCAUCAUGUGUCACGUGCAAGCGACUGUAGGCAAAUCCGGUUGGCAAUUACCGAUAGCGGAAAUCGAUAUGCCGAAAGACGAGAAACGAUACCUGUACUUCAUCAAAUUUUUCGUUUAUGGAACUGUGUAUCCAAAACUAGCGCGCUUUGCAAUGCAUCUUCUUUCUUCUCCGGAUACAAUUCUUCGCUCAUAUUUGACAUCCAUUUCCCGGAUUAACGCAUUGUACAAACUGUUUCUGAAGAAUGAGAUAUUCUCCAAGUCGCGUUUGGAUGAACUCUGGAAAAUCGAUCAAAAUUUUCUUCUACACGAGUAUCAACAACUUCUACCUGCAUCAUGCCACGAUGAUGUGAAAAAUAUGUGGCCUCCAAGUAGGUUAAAAUAAGCAAUAUAUUGGUUAUAGAAUAGCCAAAUUUUAAUUUAAAACGCUUUAUUAAUUGAUAUAUA